AUGGCAAAGCCGGAGGGUCACCCGCAUCCAUACCUCCACGACCCGCUCCUCUACAUCACAAACAUCCCAAAGUCCGUCACCGACGACGUUCUCGCCACCGCCUUCGUCUCCUGCGCGCCCUUCCGGCCCAGGAUCAAUCGCGAUACCGAUGCGCCCAUGCUCUCCGGCACGAUCGAGUUCAAGUAUCUCGAGAAAGCUGAGUGCGCGCUCGCGACGCUCCAGGGCCGAUACAUCCCCCUCACCGCUCCGCCCGUGCCUCUCGUGCUCUCCCCGUACCCGCCCACGGACCCGCCGACGCCUGUGCCCCCGCCGUCCGCGCACCCGCGCCUCAUCAAGCACCUCCCGCCCGGCUACACGGACCAGCAGCUGUACGAGCUCUGCCGUCCGUUCGGUGCCCUCGCCUCCGCGCGUGCUCAGACCCACUUUGGCGCGGACACGGGCAUGGUCGAGUUCUGGAACGAGGACGAUGGCAGGACGGCGGAAGAGUCGCUCCACUGCGAGGAAGUAGAGGGCCAAAGCAUCGCCGUUGUUAUGUACCAGCCGCGUCGCGCGAGCGGUGGUAUGGCCGAGUUUGCCAACGCGCCGUCGUUCGUGCCCGCGGGGAGUGGCUUCGGGUACCAAACGCCUCAGUCUCCCCCUCGUCAAGCUUUCAGGCGUACGCCGCCUUCGCCGUUUAUUCACGGUCCUGGACAGCAAGUGCAAGUCGCACCUGUGACCGGGCCAGGCUCAAAUAGCCACAGCGGCCUUAUUGACCCCUGCAACUUGUUCUGCAAGAACCUGGACCCCGAGAUUGACUCCAACAGUCUCUUCUCCCACUUCCGGGCGUAUGGGUCAAUCGUCAGCGCGCGUGUCAUGCGCAACGAAAACGGAGAGAGCCGCGGCUUCGGCUUCGUCUCCUUCCAGACCCCCGAUCAAGCCGCUGCUGCGAUGCAUGCUAUGAACGGCAGACAGAUCGGGUCCAAGGCAAUUGUCGUGCGCCUGCACGAGCCCAAGCAGCUGCGCCAGGAGAAGCUUGCAGCGCGGUUCGGUGGCCACAACGGGCACCCGCGGAGCGUUAGCGGCGCGACGAGUCCGACACCCAGUGAGGGCGGCAGCUACGUCGGCUGGAGUAGCCCACCGACUGCGACGUCGCCGCUCGGAGGUUCGCCACAUCCGACGCCAAGUGUGGCCGGCUUUGGCGACAAAACUGACCGAGGGAGAAGAGGAUCGGGCAGUUACUAUAAUGCGGCGCUUUCCGGUCAGCUCAACCUGCCGAUGAAAUAUGAGGAGCUUUCGAAUCUCUCCCCCGUGGUGCGCUAUGAGGUCCUUACGGGCGAGCUGAGCCGCCGGGUGAAGACCAUGGAUGUCGUUCCCCUUGAUGACGUUGAGCGUAUCGUGGAGGGUAUUGUCAACCUCAAGCUCGAUGAGGUUGUCAAGCUGUUGGACGACCCCGGCAAGCUGUCGCAGACCGUGAUGAGCAUGCGCCCCUCCAAAUCACCUUCACCUUCGGCUUCGCAAGAUUCUCGCCUGCUCGAUGCGCAGACUUUGAAUGCCACCGCCAGCGCUCCGGAGCAUCCCUCAACACCUAUAUCUGCAAACGCGUCGCUCUCGACCCCGCCCCGGACGUCAUCACCGUCAGGUAGCGCCCCUCAUCAGACCGAGCGGGAACGUGUCUUCGCGGCCGUAUGCAGGCUGGAGUCGACGAACCAGGAGGCGCUGACGGAUCUGCUCAUGAGCUUGCCCAAGCGCGAGCGGGCGCUUCUCCUCUUCAACGCGGAGACCUUGCGCGCCAAGCUCGUCGACGCGAAGGCCGUGCUGGAGGCCAGCGACGACGACGAGCCCCCUGCGCCCACGGUUCCUGUCACGCCACAGCCCAAGCGCAAGGCGCAGCUCGCGAGCGCCUCACCACAAACGCCGGAGCUCUCCUCGAGGGGACCGUCGGCCACAUCCUCGCCGGCGCCCGCCACCCCAAGCGCCCACACAACCGUCUCCGGCGAGUUCAGCUCGGCGAAGCUGGCGCGCAUGCUCGCGCAGGACAUCAUCAAGAUCGCAAACACGACGCCGGAUUUCCCGUACCCGAAGCCGGACCUGGCGGCCGUGCACGACACGAACGCGUACGUGGACUCGAUGAUGGACCUGCCGCUGGCGAACAGGAAGCAGAGGGUCGGCAGCGAGAUCACGAAGAUCGCGAAGCCGUACUUGAAGAAGCCGACGAAGGUGGCUAUGGUUAUGGUGGACGGCGAAGACGACCUGCGGUCGCUGGUGCUGCUCAUGCGCCACUACCCCGAGAUCUUCAAGGAGAAGGCUACGCUGGCAUCCGCCAGGAUGGUGUGA